GUGUACGAUAUCCGUAAAAGUAGAGAAAAAGGGAGAAAAGUGAAGGAAGAAAAGGACAGAAAAGGAAGGUAAGGAGUGAAAGGAAAUUCUGGAGAAAAUAUGGGAAAGCAAACUGGACAAAAGAGAAGAAAGGAGAAGAUAUAGGAAACCAUGGGGACAAGGAGAAAAAGGAGAAAAGAAUUGAAAAACCGGGAAAUAUGAGAAAGGAAGGGACGAUAGGGCCGUAGUGGAGUCUCCUACGGUAGAAAGAGAUCGACGGUCGAGAAGUUCGGAAGCAGCGCUGCUGGUCUGUCGGCCAUCUAGGGAGAAUCGAAGAAAACUGCAAAGUGGUCUUUCCAGUGGGGACCUCGUGUAUACUAUACGCGUAUGGGGUUCAAAAGAACGAACCACGGUAGUGGGGAGGUUGUACGACGAGCGACGGUGCCUCAGUGUUCUCGCGGCAGUCGAGACGCAUGUGCGUUAUGUAAUGUGAAGUUGUUGUUUGUGUUUCCAACCUAACCUAAUAUACAUUGAAACCCACGUUGCUUUUUUCCCUUUUCUCCCUACUUGCCAUAAAACGUUGGCGCUCGUUACUUAAAUCGCAAAUUGCGAAUUGAAAGAGCGCAUCUUUUACGAAAAGUUUCGCGUCCAAAUCUUCGAACGCGAGAUCAGACCUCUUCUCGAUAAUCCGGAACUCGAAACGUAUCACAGGACGACUUUAUCAUGUGGAGGACAGAAGAGAAGGAUAUGUCGGUAGAAUCCAUGGAUACGUGAUUGGUUACCUCCCCUCGAAAUCUGUGUGAGAGAACACUCGAGAGAGGGAAAAGGAGGACAAAGCCCGAUCGGGAUGGACCGGUGGCCGGUGCGACUCGCGAUUCUGGGCACGCUGAUCGCGAGCCUACGCGCCACCGACGACUUUCGACGUAUCUCCUACGAAGAUCUGGCGGAUGCUAGCCAGUUCCAGCGAGAGGGAGUCACCACGUAUUCUCAACUUCUGUUCGACGUCGCUAGACAGCAAGUCGUCGUCGGCGCUCGAGAUAACCUGUACCGGUUGACGUUAACCUCGUUGACGCCGCUCGAACACGCCUCCUGGCCCGCGCCAGAAGAUAAGAGCAACACCUGCCAGAACAAGGGUCAAAGCGUCGAAGACUGUCGCAACUAUGUGAAGGUUCUACUCACCAAUGGAAAGAGCCUGUUCACUUGCGGCACGUACGCGUUUAGCCCUUGGUGCACGUGGAGAGAGAUCGAGAACAUCAGCAGCGUAACCAGCGAGAUGUCGGGCGCAGCAAUGUGCCCUUACUCGCCGCGUGCCAACGUAACUGCGUUAUUAGCCAGAGGUCCAACAGGUGGAUUGUUCACCGGGGCGCCAACCGAUUUCUCUGGCGCGGAUCCAGCCAUAUGCAGGACGCUUGCGUCGCCAAAUCUUCGAACGCAUCAGUACGACUCCAGAUGGCUAAACGACCCGCAGUUCGUCGGCAGCUUCGAGACGGAGGAUCACGUCUACUUUUUGUUUCGCGAAUCAGCCGUCGAGUACAUCAAUUGCGGCAAGAAAGUCUACUCGAGAAUAGCGAGAGUGUGUAAAAACGAUCGCGGGGGUAAAAUUAUGAUGAAAGAGGUUUGGACCACGUUCAGCAAGGCGCGAUUAAAUUGCUCGCUCCCCGGCGAGUUUCCUUUCUACUACGACGAGAUUCAGGGCGCGGUCUAUCAUCCGGAAGAAGGCAUCGUUUACGCGACGUUCACCACGCCCAUCAAUGGAAUUGCCGGGUCGGCGAUAUGCGCGUUCAACAUGUCCGCGAUCACCGCGAGCUUCAACGGACCUUUCAAGCACCAAGAGAAUUCGGGCGCUGCCUGGGAAAGGAGGCCAUCUCAUCACAAUCGUCAAAGAUGUGGUUCAAACGCGAACGUCGCUCCUCAUCAGAUCAUAGACAAUCAGAGGUACCAGCUGAUGGAUGACGCGAUCCAAAGCACGACGCUGGAGCCAUUGCAUACCGCUUUACUCGAGAGAUUCACCUUGAUCGCUCUCGAUGUCACGCCAACUAAAUUGCACCGCGGUGUCACCGUGCUGUAUGUGGCUACUGAUGUUGGUUUGAUCAAGAAGAUCUCAGUUUUACCGCGUACGCAGGAAACUUGUAUCGUAGAAGUUUGGGGUCCCUUACCAUCUACGCCGAUGAUCAUGCAGUUCUUGAAGGACACGCAGAGUCUGUAUGUUGGUACAGAACUCGGUCUAUCGAGAAUACCCGCUGCCCAGUGCCAUAGGCAUCGAAGUCGCCAGGCUUGUCUCAAUGCUCAGGAGCCAUAUUGCGGUUGGAACGAACAUCUGAUGAAAUGCGCUCCGGCCCCGAAGCAAAACCAUCUUGCCAAUCACUGGCAUCAAGAAGUCACCAAGUGUCCUGUUCUCACAGAUCCUGUGGACGGUGGCUGGAGUGCCUGGAGCUCUUGGUCUCCGUGUCAACACGGCACCACGGAUCAUGGGCAUUCUCAUUCGCAUGCGCAUUUGCACCUUCAUGCCGAGACGGGCUCAGACACUUGUCAAUGCCAGACACGAGAUUGCAAUAACCCGCCUCCGCAGCAUGGCGGAGCAACUUGUUCAGGAGCUAAAGUGAGAGUAACCAAUUGUACGGUUCAUGGCGAUUGGACAGCUUGGUCAUCCUGGUCAGCGUGCUCACAAACCUGCGGCUUCGCUAUGAAAACACGACGACGCACGUGCACGAAUCCGGCUCCGGCUUUUGGAGGGCGAGUGUGCGUUGGUCAUGAUCACGAUGACACCGUCUGUAUAAAUCUUCCACCUUGUCCUACGCCAGCGAAGGUAGCACCGCCGCCACCACAGACGUUUGGUCAGUGGUCAUCCUGGAGCGCUUGGAACGCUUGCUCUCGACCUUGCAACGGUGGGAUACGGAUACGAAGAAGAACGUGUGAGAGUCCAUCAUCACGAAAACCUCCUACCGUCGAAUGCAAUGGAUGCGACUUUCAAGUCGAGGAAUGCAACUCUCAUCAGUGCGUCGAAACGAAAAGAUACUCCGGGUGGACCCCAUGGCUAGCAGUUAAUGGCAGUCUUCAAAGCACAAACGUUGGUUACGUAGAAAAACGGUUUCGAUUUAGUUGUCGUGCCCAAACUGACGAUCCAUCCAGCGUCAGGGUGCAACUAGCUAAAGAGGAAGAGCGCUAUUGCAGAAACGACGGUUCCUGCCUAAGAGGAAACGCGAAUCCAAAUCCGUAUGGGGAUCUCGGAGCAGAAGCCGGCUGGGGAGAAUGGUCCGCAUGGCGGCCUUGUGAUCGACCUUGUGGCGGAGGUUCUCAGCAUAGAAUGAGGCAAUGUGAAUCACCACCUUGCGAAGGUCCAUCCGUGCAAAACAGGUUGUGCAAUGUGCAUCCAUGUCGGUCGAACCAAGUUGGAAUCGCAGGGGCUGGAGGCCAGUGGUCUUGUUGGACUGACUGGUCCGAUUGUUCGGUAUCGUGUGGCGUUGGCGUCCGUUCCAGAACAAGAGAAUGUCUAGGACCGGAGGGUUGCGAAGGUCCAAGGCUAGUUAGAGAGACUUGCGAGAUGCCCAGCUGCGAGUCUUUGGCCGGUUGGGAUUCAUGGUCACGUUGGACGCCUUGUGACGAUGAUCAUCAACAACAUAGGAAGAGACAGUGUCUUCAACAUGGUAACGGGCUCUGUCAAGGAUCCAGCAGAGAGGUGCGCGACUGUUUACCCGAUUGCAUGGACAAUGAUAUAAAUGCCCUAAAAUCAAGCGUAGAACGCUCGGGUGUAUCUAUCGGCGCGGUAGUGGGCAGUUGCGUAGCCGGAUUCCUAGUUGGCUUGGCCGUGACUGCAGUCUUAAGCUUCUGUUACCUGAAGCGACGACAGCAACGAAUUCCUGGUAGUCCUCACUAUAUCAGCAAACAAAACUCCUACGUCUCGGUUCCGUUGAAAGAUGUAAACGCCAAGCGACAGCCUAGUUUUUCCGGUAGUACAAAUGGUAACGGAACUCUUCGUGGGAAGAACAAUCCAAACGUGAACGGUCUCGGAAGUCCGAAACUGUAUCCAAAGAGUCUGGACUACGAGUCUGCCACCUUGAAGCGCAAUAGCCAUGGCCAACAACACAUUCGAGUCGAUCCUGAUCAAGACAAAUACUACUGAACGGGCAGCGUGCAAUUAGAAACGAACGAAUUUAUUUCACUGCCAGAUGGCUUCUGCGUUGCGAGUAAACGCGAAGACCUGACACGAACCCCUACGACAAAGAGACAUCGCCAUGAAGGCGCACAGCGAGAACAGCGAGCAAGAAAUAACGAACGCAACACGACGUGGCUAUCAUCCGUCUCUCCAACAAUUUUGAGCUAUGUAUGCGAAGCAGUUUAAACGAAGGCAGCUUCCAAAUGGACCAAGGAGAGAUGCAAACGCGGACAGAUCGCCUAUACUAUCCAGAUCCAGUGAUAUUCACCCCAUAUUUACUUGUUUACUCAAAACUAUAGAGACGAUCUCCUCUGGUUUCGCGUUGAACGAUUCAGUGCCAUCGUUACGUCGCGAACGCGUGCAUCGCUUCGUAAUCUCGUCAAACAUGAGCGACAAAGGACGAGCAUAAACGUAUCGAAACGUACCUAACUAAACGUGUGUGGAUGUGAAUAUGAGUGCAGCUAUGUGUGAGAGGUUCUGAAAGAGAGAGAACAGGAGGGUGUGAACGGAUGCGUAUGUAUGCAUAAAGAUUCGAGUCAUGUGAUUCGCAUAUUUUUUAUUAUUGGCUCACAUUGAGUCGCGGUCACGCGUCGACUCGUACUCACGACAAACGAUAGUCGAGGAGAGAAGAGGAAAACAGCAACGAUCGUCCGUGGGAUUGCGUAUCGUGAUUCGCCGCGAAAGACGAUCGAGCUUACGGAAAUCAAGAUUUAGUCGUGGAUUUGAUUCGAACCGUUUCGGGUCGACGAGUUACGCGCGGCAAACGAGCGUACAAAUGAACGACGUUCCGUGAUCAAACGGACUUGAAACGCUUCACCUCGUGUAGUAUCCAUCACGCGACUGCAAUAAAA